AUGGCGAUCCUGCCUCAGCGCCUGGCUGUGAUAGGUGCUGGGCAGAUGGGUGCCGGGAUUGCCCAGGUGGUGGCGAGCUCCGGCAUCGCUGUCAAGCUGGUGGAUCAGUCCCAUCAGGCCCUUGAUAAGGCCUUGGCGGGCAUAGAGAGCUCCCUGGCCCGCCUGGUGACCAAGGGAAGGGUGGAUGCGGUGACCGCGGAGGCUGCCCUGGGCCGGCUGUACACCUCCACAUCACUGGAGGACCUGCACGACGUGGACUACGUGGUUGAGGCGGUGCCCGAGCGCGAGGACCUGAAGCUGCGCCUGUUUGCCAGCCUGGAUGCGGUGGCCCCCCCCCAUGCCAUCCUGGCCUCCAACACCAGCUCCAUCUCCGUGACGCGGCUGGGCGCCGCCACGCGCCGCCCGGCCCAGGUCCUGGGCCUGCACUUUAUGAACCCCGUGCCCAUCAUGGGCCUGGUGGAGCUGGUGCGGGGCAUGCGCACCAGCGAGGACACCUUUCGGGCCUCCCUGGCCCUGGCCGCGCGCCUGGGCAAGCAGACCUGCGUGUCGGCCGAUACCCCGGGCUUCAUCGUCAACCGCCUGCUCAUGCCCGGGAUCAACGAGGCGUUCUACGCCCUGCAGGAGGGGGUGGGCAGCGCGGAUGACAUCGACCGUGGCAUGCGGCUGGGCACCAACGUGCCUAUGGGGCCGCUGGCCCUGGCCGACUUCAUCGGACUGGACACCUGCCUGUCCAUCAUGCAGGUCCUGCACAGCGGGCUGGGGGACGACAAGUACCGCCCCUGCCCCCUGCUGCGCCAGCACGUGGACGCAGGGUGGCUGGGCAAGAAGGCGGGGCGGGGGGUACCGAUCCCAGGAGCUUCCCUGCAGCCCCUGACGCCCAUGUCGGCCUCCGGGGAGUCCUCCCCGCCCGACCCGGAGCGCAGCGGGAAUGUGGAGGGCACCCUGCUCUGCCUUAGAAAUGAGGUGGAGGCACUACAAGGCAAGCUGGGCCAGCUGCACGGCUCAGACCUGGUGGCCCUGCGGCGCGCCUACGCCUCCCUUUCCCAGCACGUCGCCGCACUGGAGGGCGAGUGGGAUGGCACGCUGGAUGCCGUGAACCGACUGCAGACCGCCGUGGUGUCGCCCGAGUACGUCGCACAGGAGCUGGGUGUGGCCGGCGCCCUGGCCGUCGGCUUGACCGUGCUCCAGCACAGCCUACGGGGUGUGAUCGGGCGCGACGUCCUCUCCCGCGGCGCCUGGCUGCUGGGGGCCGGGGUGGUUGUGUUCCGGCUGACGGGGGGCACCCUUGCCCGCUGGCUCAGCAUGGUGCACGCCAACAUCCUGCUGAAGCGGGAACUCAUACAGCGCCUGCGUGUCGUGGACGACCGCAUCCGCAUCAUGGCGGCCCUGCAGACCCUAGAGAUGGUGGAGCGGCCGGAGGGCGAGGCGGCGGGUCGCGGCACCGGCCAGGGCUGCUCCGAGGGCGAGCUGAGCCGGGAGGCGCUGCGAAAGUAUGCGCGGCUGGGCAAGAAGCGAUGA